AUGAAAGACACUCCAGUAGUGACCGCAUACAGGUCAGACGAUGAUCUUGUCGAAUUAAAGAAAUGGUUUUAUGACUUUGACGAUACCCAUGAUAAUCGUAAACUUGCUAUAGAAAGGGUCAAAGCUCUUUUAACAAGAAGCAGAUUGCCUCAUGGAAUCGAAGCAACAUCCAUUUUGACUUCGGCACAUUUGCGCGAUGAUGAUGAUGAUCCAGACACGGACACCAAUGUGAUUCAACUUGCUUACACAAUGGCAUUGAUCAGGUUUGUUAAUGGACUAUUAGACCCAUUUCAACAAUCGAAUUACGCAGUUCCAAUGCAACUACUAGCCAAGCAAUUGAACUUGCCUACAUUUUUUGUUGAGUUGAGGCAUAUGGGUACACAUGAAAACAUGCCGAGCUUGGAUAUAUUAAGGAUUGCAACAAAAGAGGCGUUAACCUGGCUAUAUGAUAACUAUUGGUGCCACAUAGUAGACGAGUCUAAGCAGACAUCUAAUGCUUCAGCAGACAUCUAUUCGGAGGUCGUCCACUUUAGACUGACCCAAUACGAAGAGUUGAUUACCGUAUUUCUGGUAUAUGAAAAUCUCAAGACUUUCAAGAGGCUACGAAAGGAUAAAUUGGAGACACCGCUAUUCAGUGGUUAUAGUAAUGACCAAGAUGUUUUUAAAUUGAGAAAUUGCGUAAACGAAUUGAUCGAGUUCGCUAAAAGUGACCCUGAUUUAUUUGCAAACUUGCUCAUCAGAAAGUUUUACUUGCUUUACCCAAACCAAAAGCUUGUAUCCAAGGGUAUCAAAUACAAUCCGUUGCUUGAAAAGCUUUACCAUCCACUACUUGAUGGACUUGGCAGCGCAUUGAUUGUCCUGUUAUUUAUUAAAACAAUGCAGCUACUCGAUGGAAGAGUGGUAGGAGAAGUUGACCGGCGAGUAUUCAAGAAGUUGGGCUUUGCAACCACCUUAUUAGAACUGGAAACAGCGCAGUUAUUCGAAUGGUUACCAUAUUUAAUCAAAAGCAUCCUAUCGCAACCGUUCUCCAGAGAACAUUUCACCAGGGCUCAGAUAAGUGAUCAAGAAGGGCUUUUCAAGUAUGUGUAUGAAAGUCUAGUGAGAAUUUGCAAACAUGAUGAUUCAUUACUAGUAAAGUUAUUGAAGAUUGUCAAGGAAUCAGCUAGUCAGAAUCUUGAACUGGCUUUGUUGGAGGAGAUAAAUAACGCAUAUGAUGAGGCAGUAAAACGGACUAGUAAGAAUGCUUUUGAACUACCUCCAUCAUUAGAUGAGAUACUAGGCGAAAACGCCAACAAGAGACAUUUGGCAGAAGAGGAACUGAAGUCAGGUAAAAAAAGGUCUAAAAGAUUAGAUAAUAACGAGGAAAAGGUCUAUUUGAUGGAUCCGCAUGAAGACUGGACGCCAACGCCGUUUGGAAUGCCUAUCUGA